CCGUAGCUGAGCCCAGCUGAGCCGGUGGCGCCAUGGCAUGCGCUGGGCUGCUCGCAGUGUGCCUGCUCGGGACGCCUGCGCCUCGGCCCCCGCGGCACCCCGAGCCCACGCCCGACGCCGGGCCCGCCGGACACGCACUCUUCCAGGACGUUUUCCGAAGAGCAGACAAGAAUGAUGAUGGUAAACUCUCAUUUGAGGAAUUCCAAAAUUACUUUGCUGAUGGGGUUCUCAGCCCAGGGGAGCUGCGGGAACUGUUCAGCGGCAUUGAUGGGCAUUUCACUGACAAUUUAGAAACGGAAAAACUGUGUGACUACUUCUCAGAACACUUGGGUGUCUACCAACCUGUGCUGGCUGCCUUGGAGUCACUGAAUUGUGCAGUGCUCACGGCCAUGGACGCCACCAAGCUGGAGUAUGAGCAGGCCUCCAAAGUGGAUCAGUUUGUGACACGCUUCCUGUUGCGGGAGACAGUGAGCCAGCUACAAGCCCUGCAGAGCUCACUGGAGGGGGCAUCAGAUACCCUGGAGGCCCAGGCCCAUGGCUUGCGGUCAGUUGAAGAGACUGUGGAAGCACAAAGCAGGCCCCGUGGCAGCCGACGGGCAGGGCGCAGGGUCCUGAGGAGCAUCAGUCGAUCACCCACCUGGUCUCCUGGCUCCUCUGAUAUAGGGCAGAGCUCAGAUGCUGAGAUGCAGUGGCGGUUCCAGGUCAACCGUCUCCAGGAGCUCAUCGACCAGCUUGAGUGUAAGGUCCCCCGACUGGAACCCCUGCAUGAAGAGGACCUUGCCAAGGAGCCUGACUCGCACAUCUUCGUGGCCCAGAGGCAGGUCCAGGUGGCAGAGGAAGCCCUACAGGACUUUCACCGAGCCCUGUGCUGCUAUAUGGAUUUCACAGGGGCCCAGAGCCAUUGUCUGCAUGUGUCUGCCCAGAAGAUGCUGGAUAGUGCCUCCUUCACUCUAUAUGAGUUCUGGCAGGAUGAGGCCUCCUGGAGAAGGCAUCAGCAGUCGUCCUGCAGCAAGGCCUUCCAGCGCACCCUCAUUGACUACCUGCAGGCUCCGGACACCCUCAGCACUGUGUUCUUCCCAGCCUCCUGGUGGAUUAUGAAUAAUAACUGAGCCUGACCUGCACAAGCCAAGGACCCUGGGCCCUGCCUGCCUCCUUUAGGAGCCUUCUGGACUGGUCAACUCAGCACCAAGACCAGGGACCCUGCUUCCUCCUAGACCUGGGCCAGUCUUGCUGGUGGAGGAUCUCUCAGCCCAGGGAUCAGGGACUGGGCUGCUCGCUUUCUAUUUAUUAUCAGUGUAUUUAUUGUUUAUAGCUUUAGUUUCCAUGGCACUUUACCUUCCACCUGGCUCAGGAGGCCUGGAUUCUGGUCCCCUCUGCCCCUGCUUGCUGUGUGACCCAAGGCAGGUCCCUUCCCUCUCCAGGUGGGCCUCAGGCCAUCUGGCUGCCUAGCGGGUGUCCUGCUUUCUUCCUGCUGUCUUGGGGCCAGGC